AUGAUGAAUUUCGAAGGCAAAGUCAUCGCCGUCACCGGGGGCGCAUCCGGCAUCGGCCGCGCAACAGUGAAGCUCCUCGCCUCUCUCGGCGCCAAAGUCUCUAUCGGAGAUCUCCAACAAGAGGCCCUCGACGCCGUCGCAAAGGAGAUUAAAGAUGCCGGCCACGGCGACGUCUUCACCAAGACCAUUGACGUGCGCAAGGCCGAGACGGUUGACGCCUGGAUCGAUGAGACGGUCAAGUGGGGCGGGAAACUCGAUGCAGCUGCCAACCUGGCAGGCGUGAUUGGGAAGUCGAUCGGUCUGAUGAGCGUUAAGGACUUUGAUAGCGACGAGUGGGAUUUCGUGAUGGAUGUCAACCUGAAAGGUCUCAUGUAUUGCAUGCGCGGCGAGCUCAGAGUCAUGGCCAACAACGGCUCCAUUGUCAACGCAGCUAGUAUUGCCGGCAUCGAGGGCUUUGCUAAGAACGCCGCUUACUCCGCGAGCAAACAUGGCGUAAUUGGACUCUCGCGAUCGGCGGCGAAGGAAGUUGGCAAUCAAGGAAUCAGAGUUAACUGCAUAGCGCCAGGCGCGAUCGCAACACCUAUGUUGAAGACAUCGUUGGAUAUCAAUGGCGGCGUUGGUGUUAAGUUCGACACGCCAUUACCGAGGCAUGGGACACCGGAGGAGGCGGCGAAUUUGAUUGCGUUCUUGUUGAGCGAUGCGUCCUCAUUCAUCACCGGUGUUGUCUACUCUAUUGAUGGCGGCUGGAACUGUUAGUUUAAAGCAGUAUAGCGAGU